AUGCCUCUUCCUUCACAUUCAGCUGCUCUGCCCACGUCACCACAAACUUCCGACGAUGGCCUUAAAUUUUCUAGCGAGUCGUGUUAUACCUGUCGACGACGACGGGUUAUCUGUGAUCGGUUGCUUCCAACCUGCAAAAAGUGCCAUAGAGCCAAGAAGACAUGCUUAGGGUACAAGAAGCCAUUUACGUGGGUGCAGGGAGUUGCCAGUCGGGGGAAGAUGAUGGGCUUGACCUUCGGUGAUGUUGCGGGGAAGAACUGUCAGUCUACUUCAGGGGUGCGGGGCGCUGUUGAGCCGGAGAGAUCCCAGCGGGCGAGAACUUUGUCCUCUAGCGUCUUAGGCUGGGCGCAAAACAAUCCCUGCGGUAUGUCGGGUAGUCUGGAAUCCUUACAACCCGGGCAUCCAGAGCCCGUCAAUACCUCAGAUUCCAAUGUAGAAUACCAACAGGAUGGAAUGACACUCUCAUGCUCGAAAUCGGAAAAGCAGAGCCGUAAUGAUGAAUGCAUAUAUGCAGUGGAUGACCAUCUUACUUCUAUCUCUUUGAACCUGGUAGAUCCGCUGUUCCAGGGCUUGGACAGCAUAUCGCGAUACUACUUGGCUUAUUAUGAUCGUAAAUUCUGUGCACUGAUGGUGCUGUUCGAGGUCCCCCACAGAAACCCAUAUCGCCUCCUUCUUCGAAUGGUUAAUGUUUGUCCCGGUCUUUGUGCUGCAAUGGCUGCAACUGCGGCGUGCCACAACUUACAUGUCCUUCAGUAUUCUGGUCAAUCGGCAUUCGACAGCACGUCCUUAAAACAGAAAAGCUCAUCUGAUGGUGGCGAAGAAUUUAUGCACUCGCCUAACCCAAAUGUCAGAGUUGCAUAUCAGCAUUUGCUGCUUCUCAAGCAACGGGCGCUUAGUGAGCUGGAGCAAAACCUGUCGAAUCCCAAUAAAAGAGGAGAUGAAGCGACAAUCGCUUCCGCACUUCUCCUUAUGGUUCUUGAUAUGGUAGAAUCGGGCCGUGGUACUUGGAAAUUGCAUGUUGAAGGCGCAAAGAAGAUGCUUGAGUCUCGUUUUGGAAGACAUCUUGCGGGUAAAGAGGAUGGAUUGUCAACAUUUCCUGGGAUGGUUUAUGAUAGUUUCAACAUGUUCCUGGCAGGAACAUGUAUGACCUUUGACAUCAUGGGUUCAACAUUGACCCCAUCCGGAACUUGGUCGGAACCAUUGUCAUCCCAACUGACAAAAUCACCAAGCCUCCUUUCGGACACGGAAAAAAACGUCUGGCUCGGGUGUCCAGGUCCCCUACUGCGCAUCAUCCUCUUCAUCUCCUCCCUUCGACAUGCAGACUCGUCCCUGCGCAUUCCAGCACCAAUAGCGGGCAUCUUCACAGUCCUCUCUCAGAUCAAUGCCUUCGAUCCAAGGCAGUGGGCACGGGAAAUGCAGCAGUCAAUGGGCACAAAUACGACAGAACUUCCAAACUCCCAACACCACUACCUUGACAGCCUUCUCCCAACAGCACCACCAGCACCAUCAAACCCUGGGGAGUCCAAUUAUUGGAAUCCACCUCAGACGGCAACGACAGCCCUUUCCCAUCCCUCUUCAAAAGUAGACAAUUCAUCCACCGAAGCGCUCUUCCACGUCGCCUCUGCUUAUAAAAUCGCCAUAACCCUCUACGCAACACGGAUCCUCCUACACCCGUCCGCGGACGAAUGCCCUCUCCUCGCCGAACAGGUCACAGAGGUGCUGAACCACAUCUCACACAUCCAGCCCUCCUCUGAGCUGUUUAAGAGUCUUCUGUGGCCGACUUUCAUAGCCGGGGCGGAGUGCCGGUGUCCGGAGCAACGGGCGUGGAUUCGCGAUUUCCUAGAUCGAAUGUGGCGCGGGUUCUGGACGGUAAAUAUCCGUGGCGCGUUGCGGGUGUUGGAUGCUAUUUGGGGACGUGAGAGUCAGGAGGAUGGGGAUUGGGCUGAGUAUUUUGAUCGGUCUGGCGUUAAUUGGCUGUUCAUUUGA